UUCAUUUGCACGUUUAGAACAAUGGCGAACGAACCGGCGUCUAAUGGCUGCGUUACUAGCGAAGGUUUAGCCACGAAAUUCAGCUCAGAAGAAGCUCUUAAAUUUGCGAAAAAGCUGUACAUACACGGAGGAAACAUUUCCAACUGGAACAGAAUCAAAAGAAAAACAACCCCGAGUUCUGCUGAUGAGCUUUCAGAGAGCAUUGGAACAACCCUAAGUAGUGGUUUGCUGCCGAUAAACAACAAUGAGCAGGAGUUUAGCCCAAGAAAAGCAAUAAGGUGUGUCAACAAAAAUUUUGUGGAGAGAAUAGAGCGAGGAGAGAGAGAGCAUCUUAAGAUUUCUGUGAAAGUGUUUGCAGUUGACCUCAGACCUGCUAUUAUCCAAGAUGCAUUAUUUAGAGCUAUGUGUGAGCUUGGAGUGGAAUCUGUGGAGACGUUGUUCUUGGCAUUACCUGAAAAUUUACAAGGUGAAGAGAAUUUAAAGGUGCUGAAAGGUUUCUGGGAGGAAAUGGAGUGUUUGCUAGACAGUGGAUAUGUGGACAGUUUGGGUGUAUGUGACUUGGACAAAAACAUACUGGAAAAACUUUACGAAUGGGCACGGGUGAAGCCUCAGAUCAACCAAGUCAAUCUUGCUUCUUGUUGUGUCAUGCCAAAGGAGCUUGUGGCAUUUAGUGAGAAACAUGAUAUUCAACUGCUGACACAUGCCGAUCCAAAAGACAUCCUGACCAAAGAGAGUCUGCAAGAAGUGCUGACAGAAGGCUGUGAAAAUGUACCGGUCCAAGGUUGGAGGCCCGUGUGGGUCCUCAGGUAUUCCGUGCUUGUAAAGUGCCGUGGAGUUAUCAAAAAUAAAGGGUACAUAGUCAGUUGCGAGCAAGAUUAAAUGGCCCCUUCUGGAUAACUUCAUGUUUAAUACACUCUCACGCCAAGUCACAGACACUUGUAUUUUGUCAUCUGAUUGUACUGCCUUGAUGGUGACUCCAACACUACAUGUCGCACAAUCGUAAUACUCACUCCACGAUUUACUCCACGAAUAAUUGUGUUUCAUUCAUAUAGGGCAACACAGAACUGUUAUUUCAUUUACUAUGAGUAAAGGGGAAGGUGUAACUUAGGAAAUUUUUACAAUGUGCGCUUGUUUAAUACUUAAAAAAAUAACGAGUGUGAAGAUUUAAGACCCUUGAUCGGUAGGUAAUGUACGAAACUGGUGAAUAACAUUGAUCACUGAAACUCUGGACAGGGUGGUUGUAAAUUAUCACUAUAAUUGUUGCUUCGUGUAUUCUAAGCGGUAAGACUAUGAUGAACGGUAUUUUUUUUAGCAAUAGAACAACUCAACAGUCUUUAAUUACUUACACAUAAAUAGCAACGCAGUGAACUAACCAAACCGAAGGUGAUGUAAAUUUGACUUUGUAGAUUAUUUGUAUUUUCGUUUUGGUGCUGUACAGAACGUGUGACGCUAUAUCGAGACAUAAUUAUUAUUUUGAUACAAUUUGUUGGUUUAUUUAUGGGGAAAAUAAAAACUGUAGGUAAGAGGUGUAAUGGAUAAUGGUAAAAACUUUAAAUAGUGCACUGUUUAUCUCUGUAAAUGUUUUACUAUCUGAACCUUACAUCAAUACUUUCUUAAAGACUUUUAUACAGCACGCAUGAAAACACGGGAGAUAAAUAUUCAGCUUUAAACAAACUGUUAA